GGCAGUAAUACUCUUAGCAGCGUCUACACUGCCGGAAUCCUAGAAGAAGAAGAAAUGUUUUUGUUUCGGUUUGUUGAUACGAUCUUGAAGUGUCGGUGCUGAACGAUCAUCAGUCAGUUUUGACGUGUUUCCAUAUACAGGGAAGAUGUCAGACUUUGAGACGAGGAAGAGAUCUUCAUCUCCAGAUCCCAGCUGUGUGUCUCUGAAGAGCAAUCAAUCCAUGGAGCCUCCUGCUAGAUUCAGUGAUGGACCAGUGACCUCUGACCCCAGUAUCUUCAGGAGGACGAAGAGAUCUUCAUCUCCAGAUCCCAGCUGUGUGUCUCUGAAGAGCAAUCAAUCCAUGGAGCCUCCUGCUAGAUUCAGUGUUGGACCAGUGACCUCUGACCCCAGAGAUGAUCAGACUGGAGACCAGGAUUCUCCUCAAGCAGUAGAUGAUGAACCCCAGGGAGUCAAAGAGCAGCUCAAAACCAGCAUGAAGAACAAGUAUGAGAGAUUAUUUGAGGGACUGAACCUCCAGGAGAAUGAAACUCUCCUGAACAGGAUCUACACACAGCUCUACAUUAUAGAGGGAGAGAGUGAAGGAGUGAAUGAACAACAUGAGGUUUUCCAGAUGGAGAAAACAGCCAGAACACAACACUCACAAGACACUCCAAUCGACUGCAAUGACAUCUUUAAAGCCUCACCUGAACCAGGAUGUGAGGAGAAACACCAGAUCAAGACUGUUCUUACUAAAGGCAUCGCUGGAAUCGGAAAAACCGUCUCUGUGCAGAAGUUCAUUCUGGACUGGGCUGAGGGAAAAGACAAUCAGGAUGUAGAUUUCAUGUUUGUGCUUCCAUUUCGAGAGCUGAACUUGAUCCGAGAUCAUCAGUACAGUCUUCACAGACUUCUGCUGGACUUUCAUCCUGAACUUCAAGAUCUGGACUCAAAGAUUUAUGAGGAGUGUAAAGUUGUGUUUAUCUUUGAUGGUCUGGAUGAAAGCAGAAUCACACUGAUGUUUUCAGACGCUCAGGAAGUUUCUGAUGUGACUGAGACUUCAUCAGUAGAUGUGUUGAUGUCAAAGAAAGUUUCUGAUGUGACUGAGACUUCAUCUGUGAGUGUGUUGAUGUCAAAGCUCAUGACAGGAGAGCUGCUUCCCUCUGCUCUCAUCUGGAUCACCUCCAGACCAGCAGCAGCCAAUCAGAUCCCCUCCAAAUACAUCAACCGUCUGACAGAGAUUCAGGGAUUCAAUGAGCCUCAGAAGGAGGAAUAUUUCAGGAAGAGAAUCAGUGACGAGCAUCAAGCCAGCAGAAUCAUCUCACACAUCAGAAGAGCAAGAAGCCUCCACAUCAUGUGCCACAUACCCGUCUUCUGCUGGAUCUCAUCCACUGUGCUUCAGAAGCUCCUGAAAGAAGAUCUGAGUGCAGAAAUCCCUCAAACUCUGACUGAAAUGUACAUCCACUUCCUGCUGAUUCAGAUCAACAUGAGGAAUCAGAAGUAUGAAGAGAGAGAUCCAGAGAAUCUCCUGCAGUCUAACAGAGAAGUGAUUGUGAAACUUGCUGAAGUGGCUUUCAAUCAGCUGAUGAAGGGCAAUGUGAUGUUCUAUGAGGAGGACCUGAGAGAGAGCGGCAUAGACGUCACUGACGCCUCAGUGUAUUCUGGGAUUUGCACUGAGAUCUUUAAGGAGGAAUCUGUGAUUCAUCAGAGGAAAGUCUACAGCUUCAUUCAUCUGAGCUUUCAGGAGUUUCUCGCUGCUUUCUAUCUGUUUUAUUCAUAUAUGAUCAAGAACAUGAAACCACUGGAUGAAUUCAGUUUGUACAGAUCUGAUAAAGACUGUCUGUAUGAUCUACUAACAUCAGCAGUAGAUAAAGCCCUCAGGAGAGAGAAUGGACAGCUGGAUCUGUUCCUGCGGUUCCUCCUGGGUGUCUCGCUGGAGUCCAAUCAGAGACUCUUACAGGAUUUACUGACACACACAGAGAACAGCUCAGGGAGCAUCAGGAGAAUUACACAGGACAUUAAAGAGAUGAUCAAAGGUGAAGAUAGUGAAGACCGAAAUCUCUCCACUGAAAGAUCCAUCAAUCUGUUCCUCUGUCUGCUGGAAGUCAAAGAUCAGUCUCUGUCCAGAGAGAUUCAGGAGUUUGUGAAAUCAGACAAACACUCAGAGAAGAAACUCUCUCUAUCUCACUGCUCAACAAUCUCCUACAUGAUUCAGAUGUUAGAGGAGCCGCUGGAUGAGCUGAACCCCAAGAAAUACAACACAGAAGAUGAGGGGAGAAGAAGACUGAUACCAGCUGUGAUCAACUGCAGAAAAGCUCUAUUUUCUGGCUGUAAUCUCUCAGAUAAGCAUUGUGAAAUUGUGUCUUCAGCUCUACAAUCUUCAAACUCUGUCCUGAGAGAGCUGGAUCUGAGUAACAAUGACCUACAGGACUCUGGUGUCAACUUUAUUUCUGAUGGACUGAAGAGUCAAAACUGUCAGCUGCAGAUCCUGAGGUUGUCUGGCUGUAUGGUGACAGAGGAAGGCUGUGGUUAUGUGUCUUCAGCUCUGAGUUCAAACCCCUCACACCUGAGAGAGCUGGAUCUGAGCUACAAUCACCCAGGACAAUCAGGAGUGCAGCUGCUCAACCACAAAUUGGAGGAUCCAAACUAUAAACUGCAGAUACUUAAUGUGGAUCAUGGAGGAGAGGUCAUGAUGACAGCAGGACUACGAAAGUAUCUAACAGCACUGAGAGAGGCUAGCCAUGAACUUAAUGAAAGGGAAGAAGAGAAAGAACAUUAUGAUAAACAUGAUUUCAUGACUGGGGAAAGGUCGAUGCUGGCUAAAAAGACUUCCUCACGAAAAAGAGUUCAAAAGACAGAAACUAAAAGAUAUUUCACCUGCCAACAGUGUGGAAAGAGUUUUGAUCAGCAUAGAAACCUUCAAGUCCACAUGAGAAUUCACACUGGAGAGAAACCUUUUUCUUGCCGGCAAUGUGGAAAGAGUUUCAGUCAAAAAGGACACCUUCAAGUCCACAUGAGAAUUCACACUGCAGAAAAACCUUACACCUGCAAACUGUGUGGAAAGAGUUUCAUUCAAAAAGGACACCUUAAAGUCCACAUGAGAAUUCACACUGGAGAGUGUCCAUUUGCCUGUGAACAGUGUGGACAGAGUUUCAGUGAAAAAGCAAACCUAAUAGUCCACAUGAGAUCUCACACUGGAGAAAAGCCUUACACCUGCCAACAAUGUGGAAAGAGUUUCAGUGAGAAAGGAAACCUUACAGUUCACAUGAGAAUUCACACUGGAGAAAAGCGUCAUACCUGUCAAGAGUGUGGAAAGAGUUUCAGUCUAAAAGGAAAACUUGAAAUCCACAUGAGAUUUCACACUGGAGAAGAGCCUUACACCUGUCAAGAGUGUGGAAAGAGUUUCCGUUAUAAUGGAAGCCUUACAGGCCACAUGAGAAUUCACACUGGAGAGAGCCCAUUCGCCUGCCAACAGUGUGGAAAGAGUUUCAGUGGAAAAGGAAACCUUGAAAACCACAUAAGAAUUCACACUGGAGAAAAGCCUUACACCUGUCAAGAGUGUGGAAAGAGUUUCAGUCAUAAAGGAAACCUUAAAGACCACAUGAGAACUCACACUGGAGAAAAGCCUUACACCUGUACUAUGUGUGGGAAUGGCUUUUCACGGCAACAAAUCCUUAGGGAACACAUGAAUAUUCACACUGGAGAGAAGCCUUUUACAUGUGUUCAGUGUGGAAAGAGUUUCACACAUAAAUUGUCACUAUAUAAACACAUGAAAAUUCACACUGGGGAGAAGCCAUAUACAUGUGAUCAGUGUGGAAAGAGUUUCACACAUAAAUCGUCACUUUAUAACCACAUGAAAAUUCACACUGGAGAGAAGCCAUUCAUGUGUGAUCAGUGUGGAAAGAGUUUCAUAUAUAAAGGUAACCUUAAGGAGCACAUGGGGAUUCACUCAAAAGAGAACUCUUUUAGAAGUCGUCACUCUGGAAAGAGCAGAGGUGUAAAGAGUACCUGAAAACCAUACUUGAAUAAAAGCACAGAUACCUUAUCUGCCUCAUCUCCUAAAUCAAACACCUGCCAGAUUUAAAGAAAAUUACUGUCAUUUGGCAAAUGAAUAAAUAAAUUAUCGACAGCUUGCGUGAGCAACAUAAUAUAUAAAUUAAAAUAUUAGUUCAUACAGGGUUCCCACGGGUCGUGGAAUUUCUGGAAUAUCCUGGAAUUUUAAAAUUUCUAUUCCAGACAUUUAAAGUCAGGGAGUUUUAUAUUUUUUUGUCCAAGUCAUGGAAUAUCAGGGAUUUUUGCAUUUUUGAGUUUUUCCAUUUGUCAAAAUGUAUUCUAUACCAUAUUAAACUGAACUUGGACAAGAUGUCAAUACUGUGUUACUAAUUGUGGGUAGCUUUGGCCUACAUAUUUUACAUGGAGUAUCUGAAAAGGGUGCAGAUGCCUCAAACUGAAAUGUAGACCAGUUCUUAAGUAAUGCCUAUUAUGCUAAAGCUGUCGGACAAACAUCUCCUCUUAUGCCACUCAAAUUCUGUAAAACAAGAUGGGUAGAGAAUGUCCCAGUUACAGAAGGAAUGAUCAAUAUAUUGACGAACUUGAAGAAAUGUGGAUGCAGUAGAGGCAGGCAAAUCCCUAACCCUGGAGCUAAAUCCUAUACUACUGUCAAAGAAAGGUGCAGAGACUCACUGUUGCCUGCAAAGGCUGCACCUUUCUUGAAUCUAUAUCAAACAGACUGGCCUAUGAUUCCUUUUCUGGCUGCUGAUCUUUCUAAUGUUAUCAGGUCAAUUAUGGAUCAUUUUAUCAAGCCUGAUAUGAUUGCUAAUACAAACACAGUAUUAAAAAUGAUGUCAAUAGAUGUCACAGACAAAAACAAUCUCAUUCAUGCAACUAAAGUUCAUGUGGGGUUCUCUGCAGACAAAAUGCUGAAGGAACUGGUGUCAUCACAGAAGAUCAGUGAGAAGAGAGUGUUGGAGUUCAGGAUGGAUUGCAGAAAAUUCUUACUGACACUUGCAGGGAAAUUAAAAGAAAAAUCUCUACUUGUGUGCAGCAUGGAUUGCCUAGAUCCAGGGAGGAUGGCAAGCAAUAAAGAUUCAUCAUGCAUCAACAAGUUGAAAAACAUCCUCAAACUGCUCACUGAGACCAAACGAGUAGAUGAAAAUGAGUGUGAUGAUAUUCUCAAACAGUACAGGAAGUUCAUCAAUAAGACUGCUGAAGAGAAGGGCAGAUUUCACUGACUUCAAUCCAGGUCACAGGUCAGGUAGAUACCCUAUUCUAUAAAAAGGCAAGAGAAAAGGUGUAUGAAACACUGUGGAAUGUUGUGGCACUCCUCCUAAAGCUCUCACAUGGAAAUGCAAUCGUGGAGUGAGGUUUUUCAGUCAAUAAACAAAUCAAGGUUGAAAACAUGAGGGAAAGUGUGGGUCAUUUGAGGUCAGUAGGGGGAAUUGAUAACUUUGUGGUAAAUAAGGCCUUCAGUCUGUAUCCUUGUCAAGACAGUGAUACAUCUUUCAUCUCAAGGAACAGAAAAGACUUAAAGGAGCAGAAAAACUAAACAUGAAAAUAAAAACUCUCUCUGAUGAGAUUGAUGAGCUGAAGAAAAAGA